UGGUAUUCCUUAUUUGAUACAAGCUCCAGCAAUGUAUUGAAACUGUGCGCUUCACAGGAGUGAAACAAGCUUCGAUAUCAUCCGCCCUUCUCUGCUGUGAACUGUUGUAAUGUUAUCAAUCGGUGACUGCGUCUGGCGCUGUUGUAAUAUUGUGUAGUUAACGCACAUUAGCAGAGGCUAAUUUUAAGAGCACACAUUAGCUGGAGUCUUGAGAAGCAGCAAGGGGCGGUGGGCUGCUAAAGCUGCUGCUAGCUAGCAGCGUCACAAAGCUAGCUGCAACUGCCGAGAAACGAAGAUUUUUAGCUAACAAAGCUAAAUAAAUAAGAAACUGGGAUUGGUCUACGACGGCAGGAGUCUGCUAUACUGGAGCUGGCAUCGUUACAUUUUCCGUCUUUAAAACCUGGCUGUUGGGCCUGACAACAAAGACGAUGUCUGAGGGAGAGAACAAGCAGGCCUCAGAUACUGCCCAGGAAGUGAAAACCGAGUCCAUGGCAGCUGCACCCACAGGUCAAGCAGUGUCAUCUGUGUCUCCCCCUGUGUCCAUGGUGACCCAGCCACCAGCUACUGCUGCCACAGAGGAUGAGGAAGAGGAGAGCGAGGAUGAGUCAGAGAUUUUGGAGGAAAGCCCGUGUGGACGCUGGCAGAAACGUAGAGAAGAGGUGAAUCAGCGCAACGUCCCUGGGAUCGAUAAUGCUUACUUGGCCAUGGACACUGAGGAAGGAGUUGAGGUGGUGUGGAAUGAGGUCAUGUUCUCAGAAAGGAAGAAUUUCAAACUACAGGAGGAAAAAGUCAAAGCUGUUUUUGACAAUUUGAUCCAGCUGGAGCAUUUGAACAUUGUAAAGUUUCACAAGUACUGGGCAGAUGUCAAAGAAAACAGAGCAAGGGUCAUUUUUAUCACCGAGUACAUGUCGUCUGGAAGUCUCAAACAGUUUUUGAAAAAGACAAAGAAAAACCACAAGACCAUGAAUGAAAAGGCCUGGAAGCGCUGGUGCACACAAAUACUGUCUGCUCUCAGCUACCUGCACUCCUGUGAACCUCCCAUCAUUCAUGGAAACCUGACCUGUGACACCAUCUUCAUCCAGCACAAUGGCCUCAUCAAGAUUGGCUCAGUUGCUCCAGACACUAUCAACAACCAUGUGAAAACCUGUCGGGAAGAGCAGAAGAGCCUUCACUUCUUUGCUCCAGAAUAUGGAGCUGUUGCCAAUGUUACCACAGCCGUGGAUAUCUAUUCCUUUGGAAUGUGCGCCUUAGAGAUGGCUGUGUUGGAAAUCCAGAGUAAUGGAGAUUCCUCUUAUGUGUCCCAAGAAGCCAUAAACAGUGCCAUUCAGUCCCUAGAGGACCCAUUGCAACGGGAAUUUAUACAGAAGUGUCUUGAGGUGGACCCCAGUAAGCGACCCACAGCUAAGGAGCUUUUGUUUCACCAGGCCUUGUUUGAGGUGCCCUUACUCAAGCUGCUGGCUGCACACUGCAUCGUCAGCCACCAGCAUAUGAUUCCAGAAAAUGCUUUAGAAGAGAUGACAAAGAAUAUGGACCCUAACUUGGUGAUUGUUGAGGCCAAGGACGGAGUUCAGAUGAAGCUCUCUCAGUUUCCUGCCCUUGAGCUGGACAAGUUCCUGGAAGAUGUGAGGAAUGGGAUCUAUCCUCUGACUGCCUUUGGGGUACCAUGUCCACAACAACCUCAGCAGGAGGCGGUGAAGUCGCCCAUAGUGCCCCCCUCAGUAAAAACCCCAACUCCUGAACCUGCUGAACUCGAGACCAGGAAGGUCCUUCAGAUGCAGUGCAAUAUUGAGCCAGUUGAUGAGGGCACCAAGCAUCAUCUGACCUUACUUUUGAAACUUGAGGAUAAAUUGAACAGGCACUUAAGCUGCGAUUUGUUACCAAAUGAGAACGUGCAGGAGCUGUCUGUGGAGCUUGUUCAGCUGGGAUUCAUCAGUGAGGGCGAUCAGCCACGACUUGCAUCCGUUCUUGAAGAGGCCUUCUCAAAAUUCUACACCCGGAACGGUUCUCUCAAUCCGGUGACUGUUUCCUCGUAGCGGAGGACUCACUAGGUCUUCUUUCAGCCCUCCUCAUCCUCUACAACAGGACUAGCUUUUUGCUCCACCUCUUCGCUGCAGAAACGCUUUGCGAGGCCAGAGGAGGAAGCCUUGGUCUGGUUGCAGAUCCUGCAAC